UUGGUUUGUUUUUAGAGUGCCAUGCUUCCCAAAUUAUAGGUGCAUUUCGCCUUUUUAAAUGGUUUUGAGGUCGUGACACUAUUUAUUAAUGACUAACUAUUAAAAACGGCUUCCACGAUGGGUUCGGCGGAUUACAAUGAAGAAAAUGAAAAGGUUCAGGAUCAUAAAAAUAUAACAGAUAGGGAUUUGCCACUCAGUUUUGUUCAGGACCGACAUAUAGAACCGAUAGAAGGCAUCGAUUAUGAAAAGCAGGCGUGGAGAAUGAAAGAGAGAAUGAAAACUGUAAGUGUGGCCUUAGUUCUAUGUCUAAAUGUAGGUGUAGAUCCCCCAGAUGUGGUUAAAACGCAACCAUGUGCCAGACUGGAAUGUUGGAUAGAUCCUCUUUCUAUGUCACCCCAAAAAGCAUUAGAUAAAAUAGGUUCAAAUUUACAAACGCAAUAUGAGAGGUGGCAGCCUCGAGCUAGAUAUAAGCAAUCAUUAGACCCCACUUCUGAUGAAGUUAAGAAGUUAUGUUCGUCUUUAAGGAGAAAUGCCAAAGAAGAACGUGUCUUAUUUCACUACAAUGGUCAUGGAGUUCCUAAACCCACUGAAAAUGGGGAAAUAUGGGUAUUUAAUAGAACAUUUACACAGUACAUUCCUUUAUCAAUUUAUGAUUUACAAAGUUGGAUGGGUGCACCAUCCAUUUAUGUGUAUGAUUGUUCAAAUGCUGGAAUUAUUGUUAAAUCUUUUAAAAAAUUUGCUUGCCAGCAUGAAUCUGAAUUUGAGAUUGCAAACGCACAGGCGAGAGGUUCGUCGCCCGCCCAAAGAGGUGGCUCUCCGGCGGCGCCGAGCUACAGUUCCUGCAUCCAGCUGGCGGCCUGUGCUGAGAACCAGGUGCUGCCGAUGAAUCCCGAUCUACCGGCCGAUCUGUUCACUGCCUGCUUGACCACACCCAUCAAGGUAGCUUUGCGGUGGUGGAAGCUGCAACCCACCGCCAAACUGGUACCGCGGGUCAGCAUGGAACAGAUUGAACAGAUUCCUGGAUUAAUAACAGACAGAAGGACGAUGUUAGGUGAACUGAACUGGAUAUUCACAGCCAUUACGGACACGAUCGCAUGGAACGUUUUGCCACGAGAUCUUUUUCAGAAACUGUUCAGGCAAGAUUUGCUGGUUGCCAGUCUGUUUCGAAACUUUCUCCUUGCCGAACGCAUCAUGCGGUCGUGCGACUGCACUCCAGUUAGCUCACCUCAACUACCUCCAACUUACCUCCACCACAUGUGGGUGGCGUGGGAUCUGACACUCGAUCUGAGCAUGGCCCAACUACCCGACGUUGUUAGCGGCAAAAAACCUUUCCAACAUCUACCCUUCUUCGAGGAGCAGCUAACCGCGUUCCAGGUCUGGCUGGAACUCGGUAAGUGUUCAGAAUCAAGAGAUCCGCCUGAACAGUUGCCGAUAGUACUACAAGUGUUACUUAGUCAAGUGCAUAGAAUGCGGGCAUUGGAACUUCUUGGUCGAUUCUUGGACUUAGGUCCAUGGGCAGUCAAUUUGGCCUUGUCUGUUGGCAUCUUUCCAUACGUGUUGAAACUACUCCAGAGUAGUGCCAAAGAACUGAGACCUCUUCUCGUCAAGAUUUGGGCCAAAAUACUGGCGGUGGACAAGACCUGUCAGUCGGAUUUAGUUAGAGACAAUGGACAUAAAUACUUCUUGACAGUUCUUCAGGACACAUCCAUAUCGAGUGAGCACCGGACGCAAGCAACAUUCGUGCUGGCGUCGAUAGUGACGAAUUUCAAGGAUGGGCAGGAAGCCGCAUUACAAGGCUCCCUGAUCAGUAUUUGCCUCGAACAAUUGAAUGAUCCGUGCCCGCACCUGCGACAAUGGGUGGCGAUUUGCCUCGGCAGACUUUGGGACCGAUUUGACUCGGCAAAAUGGAUCGGUGUCCGGGACAUCGCCCACGAAAAACUGUACACCCCACUUAAAGAUCCGUAUCCGGAGGUGAGGGCGGCUGCGGUUUACGCCUUGGGCACCUUCAUUAAUUCCGUGGGCGAGAGAUCGGAACACGCGAACAAUAUCGAUCACGGUGUCGUCAUGAAACUGGUGACGACCGUAAUGGAUGACAUGAGCCCGUUGGUACGCAAAGAACUGGUCAAUGCCUUACAAUGGGUCGUUCUGACGUUCGAACAGAGUUUCGUCAGUGUGGCACGUAAAGAGGCGCAAAUCGUUACCGAUUACGGCAACGUUUCGACGCCGACCAGUCUCAGGAGGAUAGCCAGCAGGGAUAAAUUAAGAGUUACCGAAGAUUCUAUGGACAGAAUGAAACGGGUCAAUUCAAGUUCUUCCAUUAACAAUAUGAGUCAGCAGCGAAUGACGUCCAGUCACUCAGGCAGCUUGGGGACGUUGCCCGGAAUUAGUUUUGGGUCUGUGUACAUGAAAAUUUGGAUGGCGUUAUUGACAUUGGAAACCGAUCCGCAUCCAGAAGUUGCGAGCUUGUGCAAUAGUAUUACACAUCAUAUUAGAUCUAUUGUAAAGGAACAGAAUGAAUCGGCCGAAAACCGAAUGAAUUCAAGCAUAAGUCUACCUCCUAGUCCGAAUAGAAUGAACUAUUUGUCUGGGGAGAGUCCUCCGACAUUGCAUCCCAAUCACGAUUUACAUAGGUUUAAUAACAGUCGGUCGCAAAAUAGAUCAAGGAGAUUAAAUCAAGUGAUAAUGGAAGACGAAGAAAAAUCCAGGAGAUCGGCUCUUGUGAAGACUAGUUUCGUUGAGUGGUCAGCAAAGAGAUUUGCACAAAAGAAAAAUGGAGUAUACGUUGAUCCUGAAUCGCAAAAAUACUACGAUAGGGAUUGGAGACAAGCUAGGAACUGUAGUAUUAGGCAAGAGUCAAUGGAAGAAGUGAAACGGGUGGGAACAUCAAGAACGUCGAGAAUAGAGUCGCAAGUGUUUCAUACAAAGACAGCACUUGCACCUUCUCUUCUUCAGUUACAUCCUUUUGACCAACAAAUAGCUGUUGCCGGAAAAGACAGUUUUGCGAUUUGGGAUUGGGGUACCGGUGCGAAGACGAGCAGCGGACAAUGUAAAUCGACAAAAUCACAACACAGCCGGAUCACUGCAUUAGAGUGGAUAAACGGUCACGACUCGUCGAUGUUGAUGACAGCUUCGGACGAUGGAAGUGUUAAAUUAUUUAAACCGAUAAUCGGCAGUCAACCGUCUCUCAUAAGUGCCUGGCAGGCGUUUAACGAUUUGAAGCAGCCAAAACAAUCAGGUGUCUUAUUGUCAUGGGAACAGUGGACCCAAACGUUGAUGACCGCAGGCGAUCACCGUGCCAUCCGCUUCUGGGACGUGGAGCGCGAGAUGCGAGCCUUCGACAUACCGACUGGCACAGAUGCAUCUGUCACCGCCAUCGACUCCACCUUCGCUGGCAUCUGUCACGAGACCAGUCGCAAGUACGCCCGCAUGGCCGGAUUGGCUGAAGAUAUGGACGGCAGCAGUUGUGGCGGUCCUCGCUCCGGCUACGUGGCGGUGGGCUGCUCCGAUGGAUCCGUACGUUUAUUCGACAGGCGAGUGAGUUCGUCGUGUGCACCUGUUCGCGUCUGGAUGGAGCUGAACGGGUCCGUUCUGGCAGUCUUGCUUAGGGACAACAUGCUGAUUUGCGGAAGCUCCGACGGACAAGUUAAAAUGUUUGAUAUCAGAAAAGGAGAGUCGAUACACAAGUUAGGAAGUAAUAUUCCGGUAGAAACAUCCUGUAUGGCCAUCCACAGAUCAGCCACCACAUAUGCAUGCGGUUCACUGUCGCAAUACGUGAAUAUUUACCAUAUGAACGGCGAACAGUUGAACUCAAUCCGUUUCUACGAGGGAUUCAUGGGUCAUCGUAUCGGCCCGGUCAUAUGCCUCAACUAUCAUCCCCACAAAAUGGCACUGGCAACCGGUACGUCGGACUGCAGCAUCAAUGUGUAUACGUUAGAGGCGCGCAGGUGACGCGAUAGCCAGCCCUAGGCUCUGUUUUGGGGUCUCCUGGGCUAUUAUUAGCUUGUGACGGAAAGGCGAACCCGAUAAUUGCUAAUAUGUCAAACCGGUUAUUACCGAAAGACGGAUUUUUUAGGAAUUAGUACAGGUGAUGCAGAUUUAGAUAUUAUUUUUUUUUGUCGAUUGUACUUUCGUGAUGUUGUUUUAAUACGAAAGUCAGUAAAGGUACAACGGUAGAUUUUACUUACCUUUUAUCCAAUUUUUUUUAAUUUUUUAUUUUCAUGUAUUACACAACUUAUAUAUUACUAUUUUUUAGUUUUGUGUAUUAUACGGUUUAUAUAUUACUAUUUUUAUUUAUUUUUAAAUGACCAAUAAGAUCAAAACAAUUCUACACUGCUAUUCAUUCUAAAUUACAUAUUUACUUGUAAGCCAUAACCAAAAUAAACUGCCACUUUUACGAGACGUUUUUUGUCAAAUAGUAAUAAAGAAUCAAAUAUAAUGAAUGCUUUGUUUUUAAAGGAAAUGGCAAAGUAUUACAGAAAAUCAAAUUAGUUUCUAAUCUAAUUCGGAUUCCUUUAUUCUCGACAUCACGUAUAGUAUUAAAAAAACGUCACGAAGUCCAAUGGUGUGGACGUUUGUUAUUUUGCCGUAAUGCGUUUAGAAGACGCAGUUUGUUAAGCUUGAUUUAACUGACACUAUUUAAUAAUAAAAUUUCAGUUAAUCUUUAUGUAACUGAAAAAUUGUUUAGUUAUUAGGUUUUAAGUAAUAUUGCAUGUAAAUAUGAUUUUAAUUUAGUAAAGGCUUCUGUACAUAUUCAUGAAUUAUCUGUUUCAUUUUACAAUAGUUUAUUUUUUUAAUUUACCAAUUUUAAAUAUUACGCAACGAUUUAGUUUGGUUAGUAUUAACUAAAGUUUCUUAGUUUAGGGUGGAUUUCUUCCAAACCCCAAAUAUUAUAAAAAACUAUCGUGCUGUUAAAAUAGGAAAAAUCUAAUUUAAAUAUUGUUUUAAGUUUUCUUUUUACUUCGAAAAUGUUCACAUUUUUGAAACCUCGCCGUUCGUUUUUUAUUGCUGUACAAUUAGAAUGAAUAAUUCCUCCACAAAUAAUCUUACCUAAAAUAUAUUGAAAACUGUGAUUGCUUAAUUAUGAACAAAUAUUGCUAUAUAUAAAAAGGUAAUUAUUCAAUAAUGUAUACAAUAUUUAGCCACGGUUGUUUUUUCAUAAAAGCAUAUUUUGAACAUGUUCAUUGCGCAACCGUUUGUAAUCACCUUUUAAAUUUAGGUAAUUAAGUUUUAGACGAUUUUUAUAGCGUGCUAUUGUACAAUAGAUCAAUUUUAGCUAAAUAUUAUUUUAUUAAUUAAUUACCUGUAGAUACGGCGUUUUAAAUUUGUUACUGUUAAUUAUUUUUACAUAUUAAAAACAAGAGAUAAUCGUAUUGUAAAUAUAUUUUUUGGGUUUUUUAAUUUUUCAUAAUUUUAUUUAUUUUAAAUAUUAGCACCGUGAGACUGAAGUGAAUGUUUUACUUCUGGGUUUAUAGUAGACAAAAACAAUUAUUAUUAAUUUAUAAUUUUAAAAUAAUCGCACUUUUUGAACGUGUUUAUUUGCAAUUCAUUUGAUGUAGUAUAAACACAGAGAUUUUUUAAUAAAUGUUGCGGUCCCCCUAUUAUUGGCCUUGUUGGAAGAAACCGACAGACACAUGCGUGUUUAUGAAAAUGCAUUCAUAAAACAUCAAUGGGCUUGGGUCUGACAGUUUCUGAUAAUUUUCUAUCAUUCUUCGAACAAUGCUAUUAAUAAUACCAUAACCAGUGACAGAAAGAUAAUAUUUGGAGAGUGCCUUAUUUAAUGCCUAUUCUCUUGUAAGAGGAAUAAAUACAAUGUUUUUGUACUGUAAUAAUUAACAAUUGCAAUAUUUUUCUCCUAGUCAACAUUGUUCAUUUUUAUAAUAAUAUUAUUAUUAUUGGUGUCUUUGUACAACUUCAAGUAGUAGAUCUACUUUUAUAAUAAUAGAUUUAUACAUAUUUGUAAAAUCUCUGUGUUUAUUUUAAUUAGAGUUAAAUUAUAUCUUAUAGUUGAUAUAAUAAAUAUACAGAUUAUUUUUGUUUUCCUUUCACACACGGACGUAAUGAAUUAUCAACUCACGCCCUGAAUAAUACUCAAAAAAUGGAUUUUGCACAUUAAUGCCGAUAACUCAUCACGUCCACAAAAUAAUAAAAUUUAAAAGAUGCCUUCCUUUUAAACUUACAUAUAAGAUUGCUUUAUAUAAAAUAAGAUCAUAGAAAUUCACUUUUUUGUCAUAUUUUAAGCCUGUAUAUAAUUAAAUAAUACCUCCCGUAUGUAAAUUAUUUUGUACAAUGAGAUUGUUUUUCUAUUUUUGUUGCCAAUAAAACUUUAAUGUACAUUAAGA